AUGACUGCAAGCCUCAGCGGCCUCACCAGCCUCAGCGGCCUCCCCAGCCUCAGCGGCCUCCCCAGCCUCAGCGGCCUCUCCAGCCUCAGCGGCCUCUCCAGCUUCAGCAGCCUCACCGGCCUCUCCAGCCUCACCAGUCUGGGCAGCCUCAGCAGCCUCGCCGGCCUCAGCAGCCUCUUCAGUCUGGGCAGCUUCACCGGCCUCUCCAGCCUCAGCAGCAACUUCAGGCUCAGCGGUCUCGGCAGCUUCACCAGCUUCAGCGGCCUCUUCAGCCUGAGCAGGAGCACCACCAUCAACGGCCUUCCCAGCCUCGCCCACCGCAGCAGCUUCAGCGGUCUGCCCAGCUUGAACUGCCUCAGCAGUCUGCGCAGCAUCAACUUCUGCCAUUCCAGCUUCUGGGCCAGACUCAAGGAGAGCACCUUCAAUCUUCUGCGCCGAUGUGACCUCAGGAACAGUCUCAACCGCCACUCCAGUUACGGUCUCAGCAACGGCAGGGGCGACAGCCUCAGCAGAGGCCUUAGCGUCGGUGUUGGCAGCAUGCUCCGGAGCCGCUUCCGGAAGGCACCGCAGACCAUGGUGGUGGCCGGGGUUGGGCAUAGCCAGCGCCGCUGUCAGCGCCACCGAGACAAGGACCUGCAAGUGACCAGGGACUCAGCGGCCAGCAGGUAG